AGCAAUAUAAUUGAAGCCAUUCAUUUGGUCUAAUUGUGAUGGCGGUAAAAGGCGCGAAAAAGUUUUGAAAAUUAAAUUCAUCAAGAGUAUAAUAUUCACACUAUUAUUCAUACAUAUUACUGUGUUAUGGACGUGUUUUUAAAAGGGGCUACGUCGGCAAAAUCUAAAGCGAAAUCUAAGAUAGAUAAAGAGCCCAGAGCAAUUCCGUGGGUUGAAAAAUAUCGUCCAAAGUCAGUUGAUGAAGUGGCUUACCAAGAUGAGGUCGUAAAUGUUUUAAAAAGGACCCUCGAACUAAAUCAAGCAGCUGAACUACCUAACCUUCUUUUUUAUGGCCCCCCUGGCACUGGAAAAACAUCAACUAUUUUGGCUAUUGCACGACAAUUAUAUGGGCCUGAACUAAUGAAAGAUAGAGUAUUAGAGCUAAAUGCUUCUGAUGAAAGAGGAAUUGAGGUUGUUCGUAACAAAGUUAAGAAAUUUUCUCAAAGAGCUAUUUCUACUGCACCAAGUGGGAAAAAAUGUCCACCCUUCAAAAUAGUAAUCCUGGAUGAAGCUGAUUCAAUGACUAGAAAUGCUCAGGCUGCAUUACGUAGAACAAUGGAAAAACAAAACAAAACAACAAGAUUCUGUCUAAUUUGUAACUAUGUCAGCAGGAUAAUUGAGCCUCUCACAUCAAGAUGUUCAAAGUUCCGUUUUAAGCCUCUUCAUGAAGACAUUUUGUUGAAACGAUUGAAAGAAAUUUGUGUGAAAGAAAGUGUUCUUUAUGAAACUGGGGUCAUAGAAAAACUUGUGAAGGUGUCAGAUGGUGAUAUGCGUAAGGCGAUUACCUACCUACAAAGUGCUUCUAGAUUAAAAGGGAGCGAGGAAAUCACAAAACAAGAUAUUGUUGAAAUAUCAGGGAUUGUUCCCGACAAAGUCAUUGACGAUAUUUUUCAUUCAGCUUCUUCAAAUUCAUUUGAAAAAUUAGACUUGUCUGUCAAAAAUUUAAUGUUAGAAGGUUAUCCUGGGUCACAAAUCAUUAGCCAGAUUUAUGACCGCAUUGUUGGGAUGGAUGAUCUGACAGACAAAAAGAAAUCUGUCAUAACCGAAAGACUGGGGAUCGUUGACAAAUGCCUCAUUGAUGGAGCUGACGAAUAUUUGCAACUCCUGGAUUUGUGUUCAACUAUCAUGACUCAGAUUUGUCAAGCCGAAAAUUAGAGAGUAUUACUUUAUGCAAACGUUUAUAUUGGGUUACUUUUGUAAAUUUUCUCUUGUGAAUGAACGUUUGAGUUGAUAAACAAUAUAAAUCACAGAAUUAUUUGCUUAAACAGUUUUGAAAUCAAAAUGAAAAGUAUCUUGAACACGAAUAUAAGAAUUAAUUAUGAUAAAGAUUUUAAUUUUUUCA